AUCUAUUUUACUUGAAGCUAUGUUCGACUUGCAGGAUAGCUUAACACAUAAUUAUAACCAAACUAGGCUGUUGCAUAAUGAUGCUCCUAGCAUUAACCAGGAAUAUAAUUAUACUCCUAGCAUUGACCAGAUUGGCUUUGAGUUUGCAUUCGACUUUUUAGAACAUGGCUUAGAUUCUCAAGACA